GGCCGCGGCGGAAUUACUGCUGAGCGAGAGAAACACAGAGACAGCUUUCGCUGUGAUCAAGAGCUCCUCUGCUAGCAUCAUCCAGCUGCGCAGUCAUCCCAGACAUCAUGGCAGCUCCCACAUCAGGCUCACCGGACGCCAAGCCGUUCGAUAUUGUCGCAACUUACAAUGACUUGCUCCGCUCCGAUCCGGAUUUGACCAUGCCAAUUGCCGCCAUUGAAGCUUUGGUUCUCCUCCUUACACACUCCCCCUCGUCGACGAUAUCAGAGACCCUCGAUCUGCUCGAGAAAUCCACCGCACACCUGAAACAGUCGAUUCCGAACCCUAUUGGUCUUUCUGCUGGAACCGAUCUCUUCCAGCGAUACCUGAUCACUACCUUACAGAGACCCGGUCAGCUCGGACCCGCGGGGGAUUUCAACGCGAUCAGGGCACACCUUCUGUCAAAUGGCCGGUUGUUUAUCAGACGUGCGAAAGAGAGCCGAGACAAGAUCGCGGCAUUUGGAAGAGGAUUCGUGCGGGAUGGAAGCACCGUUUUGACAAACGGUGGGUCUCGAGUGGUUGCUUCCUUGCUGCAGAAGGCCGCCGAUGAGAAGGGCGGCCCGUCGGCAGUGCGGUUCAAGGUGAUCUAUGUCCUGUCGUCUGCAAAGAAGAACUCCGACGAGCCGGAGGGUAUGGAAACGGUGCGUGCCCUCCGGGCGAAGGGCGUUCCUGUAUCUACGAUCCCAGAGUCCGCUGUUGCAUACGCCAUGGGAAAGGCCGAUAUUGUCAUCGUGGGUGCCGAGGGAGUGGUUGAGAACGGAGGAAUUGUGUCGCGUAUGGGAACUUACCAGAUCGGUCUUCUCGCUAAGGCCAUGGGCAAGCCUUUCUAUGUGGUGGCGGAAAGCCACAAAUUCGUCCGUAUCUACCCGCUCGGACAGUAUGAUCUGCCUAUUGAGCAGCGUGUGAUCGAUUUCAAGACCGAGGAAGAUGUUGCCGAUGAGGCAAAGCAACAGAAAGCUGUAUCUACGGAAACAUCAGAUGCUAAGGCCGUCAACACGGCGGAUAGCGCUGACGUGGUUGACUUCACCCCGCCCCAUCUCAUUUCCGCGCUGAUUACGGACAGCGGCGUUUUGACGCCAAGUGCGGUCAGUGAGGAGUUGAUUAAGAUCUGGUUCUAGUUUUUUUCCCGUUCCAUGCUCCUUCGAGCAGGUUUGGAGCGUAGGGCUUGUGCUGUCUUUAAAAUCGAAUGAAGCGGAUCGGCGUUAAGGUCAUGAUAUAUCCGGACGCUCAAGGCGUUUGUCGGCUGGAAAUACUAUAGUGUGUCGGCGAAUCUACAAGAAAAAAGCUCAAGAAAAUCAUAACUCU